AUGAACGGAUUUUCCGUAAUGAGGUUGUCUCUUCCGAGAUCACUGACCCAUGGCAAGUUUGCCCUUAGGGGCGAACUCGCCACUUGCCACCACAACCGCUUUUUUAAGCGAUUUUUAAACGUUCCAGAAUUCGGAGGAAUGAAGAUACUUAAAGAACAUGGAAUUCCGACCCCGAUGAACCUUUUGGCGCGUUCACCAGUGGAGGCAGAGGCUAUGACACGUGAAAUACUAGAAACAACUAAAUGCGGACACGUCGUGAUGAAGGCACAGGCACUUACCGGCGGUAGAGGUAAGGGAAAGUUCGUCGGAACCGGAAUCUCUGGUGUCGAGCUCGUUCAAUCUCCUGAGGUUGCCAGGACUACUGCAGAAAGUAUGAUUGGCAAUACCUUGGUAACAAAGCAAACUGGCGAAGCUGGUAUAAAAUGCAAAGAAGUGCUUGUUGCUGAAAAGCUCAAUCUUGCAAAAGAAAGAUAUAUCUCAUUCAUGCUGGAUCGUAAAUCGUGUAGCAUCAUGGCCAUAGCCACCAGGCACGGAGGCGGAAAUGUAGAAGAGGUUUCACAAAAGGACCCCUCAGCCGUACUUACCCUUAAAAUUAAUCCGCUGAAAGGGAUCACCGAAGAUGAUGUGGCCAAAAUAGCAGCACAUCUAGACUUUUCCGAGAACCUCUACGAAGAAACAAAAGUUGUUGUAAAGAAGCUGUACGACGCAUUCAUAGCAAAAGAUGCACUGUUAUUAGAAAUAAAUCCCAUCUCCGAAACAACCGACCAAAGAUUAGUUGCCUGCGACUCCAAGCUCAUAGUGGACGACAACGCCGACUUUAGACAAAGGGAGAUAUUUGCUUCUGUGCCCCCACCGGACAAUGAACUGGAGGCAAGGGCAUCCGAAGCUGGCUUGAACUACGUAUCGCUCGGGGGAAACAUCGCGUGUAUCGUGAACGGAGCUGGCCUUGCCAUGGCCACACUUGAUCUGUUAACACAUCACGGCGGGUCGCCAGCCAACUUCCUUGAUGUCGGCGGCAAUGCCACUAGUGAUAUGUUGCGCCAGGCUCUUGAAAUCGUCGCUUCAGAUGUUAGAGCCAAAGUGUUACUAGUAAACAUUGUGGGAGGAAUCGUGCAGUGUGACAAAUUUGCGACCUCUUUCGUGGAGGCCGUUAAAAAGUCCAAAAUGCAAAUGCCAGUUGUACUAAGGCUUCAAGGUACCAAGGCCGAUGCGGCUAAAAAGAUUUUAUACGAUGCAGAGAUACCACAUAUUUUUUGCCAAGAUUUCGAUUCAGCUGCAAAAUCAGUUGUUGAGAUUGCAAACGCUUCUUAA